GCGCGCAGAGGCUGCUGGUCCCGGGAGGGAGGAUGUGAAUCCCGGCAGACUCCCAGGAGGAGACGCACCACUACACCCACAGAGCGGGUGGGCAGAGACAAGAGCCACCAACCCUUAGCCUCCCUGUCCCUUAUCCACUCGGGCACCCGGAACCUUGCGCGCGCGGAACCUCGGUGGCGGAGCAUCGGCGUCACGGACCUUGAAGGCGAUGGAGCAGGCGCGCGGGCCGGGGGCCGAGGCUGACGCUCCAGAGGAGGAGGAGGGGGAGGCGCGGGCGGCCAUGGCGGCCGUGGUAUCAGCUGCGGGUGGAGCGUGCCCCGCAGUCCUGCAGGUGGCCGGCCUCUACCGGGGGCUGUGUGCAGUGCGCAGCCGCGCCCUGGGGUUGGGGUUCGUGUCACCAGCACAGCUACGCGUGUUCCCGGUACGCCGGGGCUCCGGCCUGCCCUCGGGGGGAGCAGACGGUAGUGGGGUCAGCGAGCUGGAAGCUAACCCCUUCUACGACCGCUACCGGGACAAGAUCCAGCAGCUGCGCAGGUCUGACCCAGCUGCCUUUGAGUCCCGCCUGGAGAAGCGCAGUGAGUUUCGGAAGCAACCAGUGGGGCACUCCAAACAAAGUGAUUUUAUCAAAUGUGUGGAGCAGAAGACAGAUGCCUCAGGGAAACAGCCUGUGAGCAAAGGAUUCACUAAGGACAAGACUCUCAGUUCAAUCUUUAACAUUGAGAUGGUGAGAGACAAAACUGCAGAGGAAAUAAAACAGAUUUGGCAGCAGUAUUUUUCAGCAAAAGACACAGUCUACGCAGUUAUUCCUAAAGAAAAGUUUGAUUUGAUCUGGAACCGGGCUCAGUCCUGCCCAACUGUAAGUCUGUGGUAAUUAUUUAUGUGGAAA